UUGACACUAAUACUGUACUACUGCUAUUACUCAUCAGUGUCUGAAAGUUUUGAUGAUCAAUCUCAUUAUCUUCACCAUUCUACUCUCUAUUUGCUAUUAACUACUCAGCCUUAUUAUUAGCUUCUUGAAUUUGAAAGAAAGUAGUUGUUGUUCAUCAGAAUCUGUAUGAUGGACACAACAAGGCAAGGGAGUAGUAGUAAUGAGAUGCAACCCUUUGUUGUUAAUAGCAAUAGGAACAAUAAUAAUUAUAACUACUAUUCACAUAGAUCAAUAGAGACACUUGUGGUUGUGAUAGCAGUGAUCACAAUAGUAGGUGUCAUUGCUGGAAUGAUAGCAAGGUUAUGUGGUGGAAGACACUUCAAUGGUGACCAUGACAUUGAAGGUUGGGUUGAGAACAAGUGUAGAAGUUGCAUUGAUGGAGGACUACCUCCACCACCACCUCAAGAAGAGCCACAACCACCACCAAAACCAGCAGCACCAACAACAACAACAACAACUGAUGAAGCAGCAGCAAGUAAAUGAAGAAAUUAACACAAAACAUUAUUGUAAGUUUGUUACUACAAUAAUAAUAUAUAUAAUAAUACAAGUUCAUGCUGAUUAUGUAUGUAUAGAGUUAUGUUAAUUAGUAGAACCUUAAAAGUAUAGUAAUCUA